AUGGCUGAUAUUCGAAGUUUUUUCAAAAAAGGUUCUAUUUCAUCACCAUCAAAUACUAAUACUAAUAAACGAGUACGAGAACAUGUUGAUAUUGAAGAUGAAGAGGAAGAUGCAUUCGUACCAAAAGCUGGUCAAAAACCGACGAAAACAAAGACAAAACAAGUAGAUGAGAAUAUUCCAUUAAUAGAAUGUGACGAUACAACACCAAAGAAAAAACUCAAAACAAAAGAUGUGGAUCCAUUAGAAAAGAAACGACGAGUGGAAAAUUUUAAAACAUUUAUGAAUCGUGGUGGAGCUGAUGCACCUGGCUCAAAAACAAUUCCAGAUGGAGCACCUAACUGUCUUAAAAAUUUAACAUUUGUUAUAUCGGGUGUACUUGAAUCAUUAGAACGUGAUGAUUGUAAGGAUUUAAUAGAAAAAUAUGGUGGUCGAGUAACAGGAUCGAUUAGUAGUAAAACAGGUUAUCUACUUGUUGGUCGUGAUGGAGGUGAAUCAAAAAUAACAAAAGCUCGUGAUUUAAAGGUA